CACAUGAUAAACCGCCGAAAAGCAACAACGUUUGGAAGUGGUGUCGCCUGGUUUGGAACCUUCAGUUCGCUAGUUCCGUUCCGGUGAGAUCGCAGAAUAGGUGACUUUAAGACUGCAGGCUAGAAUGCAUGCUGGGGGGUACAAGCACAGGAAUUGCUGAAGGCUGAUUGCAGGCACAACAAAGGCUAUGCAUUGUUCAGAAUUUAAAAGACCCAAAGAGCCAGCUGCGCAAACGAGAAUUGAGCCAGGAAGUAAAAUCUGGCUGACGCAUCCAACAUAUUGUUUGGCACACUCUUCUUGAUUAUGCUGCUGUGGUUGGAAUUUGCUCCAAGCUGAAUUUGAUUGGCUCUUGUCAUGCUUCGUGUAGGCUAGUAAAGUAAGUGAUAGCUUCGUGAGCAAUGCCAAAGGCACACUCUUCCCAGAAUGCAGCUGAGUUUGGGCCACUUCCUUCCUCACAGAUGUACUUGCAGCUCCCACUCGUCCGGAGUUCCAGAUGCUGACAUUCUAAAAGUCUGCAAAUGACCUACUGCAUUGUAGUGAUUCUGCUUUGCCUACGUCAUUGCAAUUCUAGACACACCAGUUCUGGCCCAAAGGUUGAAACAAGACAUGCAAUUGUGCAGCGGAAGCUCGCAUGCUCAAAUACAAUGCUGUUGUGUUAAACUGCUGCUUGGCAUGUCUGCGCCACAAACUGCAAGGACAGACUGCAAUUUCUGGCAGCUUCUGUUCUUUGGGAGGGUUCGUUCGUUGCGACAGCAAGGCCAUAUGGCGCACGAGGACUUGACAAAUGGUGCCGGUUUGCUCCUGGGUUUGGAUGCAUACCAUGGUGACCUGCCGUGCCUUGCGGAUCGAAGGCUACAGGUGUCGGAAGGAGCAUCUUUGGCAGCUGAUGACAUGAUGAUGAUUGAUUUAAAUCCAUCGCUGCAGUAUGCUACCUUGUAGGCGUCGAGAUAGUCCUGCAGGAUAUCAAGUGGUUGGGAGCAGUCCCUCUCAGUGCCGCUCGAAGUGCGUAUAGUCGCGAGAGCAAUCUUCAAAGAUUGGCUUGCGGAUUGGCUGUUAGUGCCUGGACUUUGAGUGGGCUGGUUCCUUUAGCUCUGAAACACAUGAGGUAUGUUCAAUGCUUUGAGCAGACCUUCACCCGACAUAUUUUUAAAAAAUCUCCUCUUGCUCGAGCAAUAAUUUUCCAGCGGCAAAA